UCAAUUCAAAACUCUCCAUUUCAAUCCGCAUAACCAAAAAAGAUUCUUCAAUUCUUUGUCAUGAAAAUCCUUACUCCCUUCUUCGUCUUCUUCUUCCUUCUUCUUCUUCUUCUUCUUCUUCCUCCCUCCACUUCUCAAACUUCUUAUUACGUCCCUGUCGAUAACAUAGCCGUCAAUUGCGGUACCAAAGCCAUCACUGACACCGGCGAUCGAAAAUGGAUCGGCGACGUCGCUACUAAUUACUCCCCAUCCGAACCACCAAACACAGUCAACAAGUCCACCUUCAAGUCCAUUAUCUCAAACACCAUCAGCGACGAGAUCUACAGAACUGUACGCCUCUCUCGCUCUCCCUUCACCUACUCUUUCCCGGUCACUGCCGGCCCCAAAUUCAUCCGUCUCUACUUCUACCCGGAAAAAUACGAAGAAUUUAAUAGAUCCGAUGCCUUCUUCACUGUUCAAGCUGCCCAGUUCACUCUCCUUAAAAACUUCAGCGCUGCCCUCGUCGCUGAUUUCAUCAAUAAAAGCGUCAUCCCAAGAGAAUUUUGUAUCCAUAUCGCCGGAGAAGCACCAAAGUUGAACAUUACCUUCACCCCAUCUCCGAAUUCUUAUGCCUUCGUCAACGGAAUUGAAGUGGUCUCUAUGCCGGAAAACCUCUACUACUCUCCUGCGGAGCAGGGAACGACGACGCCGAUUAUUGGAAACAACAUCGCCCUUGAGCUUUAUCAUCGAAAAAAUCUUGGCGGUGACGACAUCUUUCCGAGUCAAGAUUCCGGCAUGUACCGAAAUUGGGAUGGGACUAAUCUACAUAUAACAACCAAACGAGUUAUCCCAAUACAUAAUGACUCUGUUUCUAUAAACUACACAACGAGCACUCCUAACUUCACAGCCACAGAUUCAGUUUAUCAGUCUGCUCUAAUUCUGGGUGUGAAUCGAACUCUCAAUUCUAAACAAAAUUUAUCGUUUCAAUUGCCCGUUGAUGUCGGGUUCAAUUAUUUGGUACGACUCCAUUUUUGCCAAAUUCUUAUGGAUCAGUUUCAAGGAAAACAGAAGAUUUUCACAGUGUUCAUCAAUAACCAAAAUAUCACCACUGUCGAUAUAGAUUCCAUCAAUACUCCUUUAUACAGAGAUUAUAAUGCACGGCCAAUGGCGGUUGGGAAUACUUCCGCUAUCUUAGUUGAUUUACACCCCUUACCAAGUGAGACCUUCGAUGUGAUUUUGAAUGGAUAUGAAGUGUUCAAACAAAGCAAUGGAACUAAUCUUGCAGUACCAAACCCAGUGGUCGCUCUAGCACCAGAAAUUAAACGGGGAGCCAAAAAUUCAAAUGCAACAGCGAUCAUCGCUGCUGUGUGCAGUAGCGUGGGAUUUGCCAUAUUAUCUUCAAUCGUUGGAUUUGUGGUUAUAUGGAAACAGAGUAAGAAGAUGAGGAAGAGAAGGAAGAAGAAGAAGAAAACAAGAGAGGAUAAGUUGCUGCCGGAACGACGGUGCCGGAUUUUCACCUUCGAAGAGAUUUGUGAAGCGACAGAUUACUUUAGCAAAGAGAGACAGAUAGGAGUCGGAGGAUUUGGUGCGGUUUACAAAGGAAUUUUCGAGGAUGAAGACGAUCUCACCGUCGCAAUCAAACGGUUGAACCCAGAAUCCAACCAAGGCGAACAAGAAUUCGUAACAGAGAUUGAAUUGUUAUCGGAGCUCCGUCACUUCAACCUUGUAUCUCUCAUCGGAUAUUGCUUGGAAAACAAGGAAAUGUUGCUAGUUUACGAAUAUAUGCCAAACGGAACAUUCAAAGAUCAUCUCUACGACACCUCGAAUUCUCUUCUAUCAUGGAGGAAGCGCCUAGAAAUCUGCGUUGGGGCAGCACGUGGUUUAGACUACCUACACUCCGGAUUCGAUCGACCCAUCAUCCACCGCGACGUGAAGACUACGAAUAUCCUUCUAGACGAAAAUUGGGUUGCAAGAGUUUCCGAUUUCGGGAUGUCGAAAUUGGGGCAAACCAACACGGCAGUCAGCACGGCAGUGAAAGGAACUUGGGGCUAUUUAGACCCGGAAUAUCAUCGACGUCUGAAAGUGACAGAAAAAUCCGACGUAUUCUCAUUUGGGGUCAUCUUGUUCGAAGUGCUGUGUGGGAGAAAACCAUUGGACCCGCUUGCCGGUGAAGAGAAGUUCAAGCUUACGCUAUGGGCUAAGAAAUGCUUGGAGAAAGGGAAUGCUUAUGAAAUUAUCGAUCCGCAUUUAAAAGGGAAGAUUUCAUGUGAUUGUUUAAAGCAAUACUUGGAAUUGGCGACAACGUGUAUCAACGAUCAUUCAAAGCAUCGGCCGAGAAUGGAGGUGGUGGAGGAGAAAUUAAGGUUCAUCUUGAAGCUGCAAGAGGAAGCAGAUGGGGAUUGUCCGGACACGGAAUUGAGUUAUCCAGAGGAGCCAUUUUCGCCGAUAAGGUCAUCAGGAGGUUCUCUACGGACUGAGUCGUAUAAAAGCCACAUCGCCACCAUGCUCAGCGGCUCCGAUUUCACGGUAUCGUCGCUUAUGAGUGAAGAAAUGUUAAGUGAACAGAGCUCCGGUUCUAUGGCGUAUUCUCGGAAGACAUAAUUUAUUUCUUAAAAAAAAAAUCCUUUUUGUUCUUCUUUUUCUUUUUAUAAUUUUAUUUAAAAUACCGUUUUAGCGGUUAGGUUUUGAAAAUAACGUUAUAGUUUGGAGUUGGUUUAGUUCUUAAAGCACUUAUGCUUUGAACUAAAAGUAAUGAAUAUAUAUAAACUAGUCUCUGUAAAUUUUACAAACGUAAUGUAUGUUUGUUGUGGAUUUUAUUUAAUUUUGAUUGCCAUA